CCGAGCGGCUGCUUUGCGCAUGCACUUUCCCCCGUUGGGCCCUUCUCACUUGCUGUCCCUUCCCUCGUUGCUUUAGCGGAGUGGGCCGAACCAUUCGUGCCGGUUCGGAAGGGGGCAGCAACGGUGACGCGUUAUCUCUUAGUCCUUUUUUCUGCGCGGAACACUCACUAGAACCCCCCACGCCGCCUUUUGCUACCUCUGACGAUGGCUGUUCGCCGACGAAACGGAGGUGGUGGAGGGGUUCAUUUUCCUUCCCCCCCCCCACCAAAGGGUGGCACUUAGCUUGUUCCAACAUGGCGGUGGCGGUCGGGAGUCUCAUGUGAGGGGCGCGCGGUCUGCGUUUUGUCCCCGCGCGGUACCGGUUUCGCGCCAUGCCUCACAAGAGGAAGAAACCCUUUAUAGAGAAGAAGAAAGCAGUAACAUUCCACCUGGUGCACAGAAGUCAGAGGGACCCUCUAGCAGCUGAUGAUACUGCACCCCAGAGAGUUCUGUUGCCUGCACAGAAGGGAGAUGAUGACAAGAGGAGAGAGGAGCAGAGGAAGUACGGAGUGUUCUUUGAUGAUGACUAUGACUACUUGCAGCAUCUAAAAGAAGCCUCUGGUCCCUCUGAGCUGGUCCCUUCUGUAUCUGGUCCACAGAGCAGGAUUGUGGAGACAACAGAAGGAGAGGUAGAAGAAGAAAUCCAACAAAUUCCAGUUCCUUCUAUUAAUUUGCCUUCGUCGGUAUUUGCUUCUGAGUUUGAAGAGGAUGUGGGACUAUUAAAUAAAGCUGCUCCUGUUUCAGGACCUCGUUUGGAUUUUGACCCUGAUAUUGUUGCAGCUCUUGAUGAUGACUUUGACUUUGACAAUCCAGAUAAUCUUCUUGAAGAUGACUUUAUUUUAAAGGCCAAUGAAGCAGGGAAUGGAGAUUGCCGUGGCUCUGAUACUGAGGAUGAAGGUGAAUGGGAAGAUGUGGAUGAUGAUGAAAGUGACAGUGAUGGAGAUUAUGAUUCAGAAGGUCCUUUAUCAGACAAUGAAAGAGUCAAUGGAGAGAUGAAGGAGUUUCUUUUCAUGCAAGAGGAGACCAAGAGCCGAUUCACAGAUUAUUCCUUGACUUCUUCAGUCAUGAGAAGAAAUGAACAGCUUACCCUGCUGGAUGACAGAUUUGAGAAGUUCUAUGAACAGUUUGAUGAAGAUGAGAUUGGAGCACUGGAUAAUGUGGAAUUAGAAGGCUACAUUGACGCUGAUAGUCUUCGGUUAGAGGAAGUCCUGAAUGACUACUAUAAAGAGAAAGCUAAGGACUGCGUGAAACUUGAUAUUCUUGAAUCCUGUGAAGAUUUAGACUCUCCCAUGAAUGAGAAGAAAGAGGAAGGAGAAGAAAUUGUAACUUUAGUUAUUGAAGAAACCAAAGAAAAAUGGGAUUGUGAAUCCAUUUUGAGUACAUACUCAAACUUGUACAAUCAUCCAAAACUUAUUGAGGAACCAUCAAAGCCCAGACCAAUUAAAAUUUCCCAGAAGACUGGAAUCCCUCUGGAUGUCUUGCCUCAAAGAGGUCUUACAGCUAAGCAGACUGAACGCAUGCAAAUGAUUAAUGACAGUGACCUGCCAAGAGCAUCGACACAGCCACGUUCCAAAAAGGAGAGCAAAGAAGAUCGAAAAGCUAGAAAACAGGCUGUCAAAGAAGAACGAAAGGAACGCAGAAUGGAAAAGAAAGCCAACAAAUUGGCCUUCAAGCUGGAGAAAACAAGGCAAGAAAAAGAGCUGCUUAACCUGAGGCAGAACAUUCAAGGGCUCAAGCUGUCAUAGUUGAACUGACUCUUAUUGUGGAAUAUCCUUGCAUUGAUGCUUUGUGCCAGAAUCUUGGGAUGGAUGCUGCUGACUUAACCUUGUCCCAUCAUGUCAGAAAUGGAGAAAAAGGGUGUUUGAGUAACUCUACAACCAGAACCUAUCAUUUUUUAUUAUUUUUUGUAAAUGUAUAGAUGAGGUGAAUCAUUUUGUUAUAAACUAAAAUUAAUAAUAAUAUUGUAUUUUUAUGAACAUAAUAUGGCAACGAGUGAUACACUUAAGAUACACUGGGAAUAUAGUAUGAUGCUCAUUAAUAGAAAAGUAUAUUUUUUUUUCUAUGCAAGUGUCAUGUUCUAACAAAUGUCUGGACAAAUAUAUUACAGUACAUAAAUUCUUCCCUUUAUAUUGGUACUUAAAUACAAUUACUUUCUUGAUUUAACGUAGUCUCAUAUAUCAAGGUUAUGCAGAUUUUUUCACAGCACCCCUGUGCUGUUUAUUGCCUAUGCAUCUGAGGUAACUUGUGUGUUGCCCGGUUUAAAACCUCAAAGUCAGAAAUGACUGUUGUUGUUGCUCUUGAAAUUGAAGUUAACCUGGUGGCAUUAAAGACUCUAUAGCAAACAUUGUACAAAAAACAGUAAUAUAUUAAAUUGUUCACAACCAGAAAAACAACAGAAAAUAAUGUGUGGGUAUGUAUCUGGUGUGUGGGUGUGGUCUGUGUGAUUAGUCUCUAUUCUGCCAGUUCUGGAGGUCAAGAAGGCAUGCCAAGGAUUCAUUGUAUCCAGCUGCAAGACUGAAAAGCAGGAAUUCUUGCAUUUCCUCCAAUGGGGAGUGCACAUUGCCUGACUGUUUGCCCCCAUCUACUCCCCAUGUUGAGGCAGGAGAAAACAGCACAAUGAGAUGCCAGAGGUUUAAGCAAUCCACCUGCCAACUGCUGUGGUGCAUACAGAUGUUUUGGGAAGUGCUUCAAAAAUAUUCCUCAUUUUUUGAGAAACUCUUAUAAAGCAUGAUUUCAGCUGUGAAUGUCUGUAUGUUCUCUAGACUUCAAACAUUACAUCCACCUGGGGCCUUAACCAGAAAUCAUAAGAUAAUCAUUUUCUAUUUGUAAGUUGUCCACCUGGUCUCUGAUUUUCUUUUAAUUUAUCUCUCUUAGUUUGUCAUAUUGUUUGCUAUGUUCCAGUUCAGUGACCAUACAUAGCUGUUUUUGGAAAUGUCUUUGGUUUCUUCUGCACGAGCCACUCUAACCUAAAUGAGAUUGACAAACCGUUUGUUUUUUCCCCAAUGUUACUGUGUUAUGCUAAACUAGUGGUUCCUAAAAUUACCUUUACGUUCUUACGAAUGCCUAACAAAGAAGAGCAAAUGUAAAAGGCAUUUAAAAGUGCGUUGGUUUUAA